GGAUCCUGGGAAAUAGUCCAGGAGCUGCGAAGAGUUGGAGGUAUUUCCGCUUUAGGAGGUUGCGAUUGCGGCCUUUGGUUCUCACAGAAGCAACAGAGGUACAAGAUCUAGAAGAUUAGCUCCUUUGUGAGAGUGGAUUCAGGUUCCUCCCCUGCCUCUUGAGCUCACCGAGCCUCGGCUUCCUCAUCUGUUACGUGGGAACAACAAUCGUGACCAUCAUCAUUUACUGAGAACUUUCUAAAAUGCCAGCUGAGGAGAGGCACAGAGGCGGAGGUGAUCAGACCAGGGUCACACCGCUUGUACGACACUAGAUUCUUCACAGGCCUUCCUAAGACUCAGCAGUUCCCCAGAAGGAGGAGGACAGAAUGUCCAAGUUCAAGGAGGCAGUGACCUUCAAGGAUGUGGCCGUGAUCUUCACAGAGGAGGAGAUGGGGCUGCUGGACUUGGCCCAGAGGAAGCUGUACCAGGAGGUGAUGCUGGAGAACUUCCGGAACCUGCUCUCAGUGGGGCAUCAAUCCUUCACACCAGAUGUUCCAUCCCAAUUACAGAGAGAAGAAAAGCUGCAAAUGAUGAAGACAGCAGCCCAGAGCUGUUGUUCCUCGGGAAAUCAGAAUCUAAAUGGCAUAGAGACUCUUCAAGAAGUUGGAUUAAGGUAUCUGCCACAUGAAGAAUUUUUCUGCUCAAAAAUCUGGCUACAGGUUACAGAGGAAUUAACCAGGUGUCGAGAUUCCAUGGGAAUUAUUCAAGGAAUUGGCUCUCAAUUGGAAAAACAAAGUGACACACUCUAUAAAGAUGAGUUCAGUAAAGACUUCAGUCAGAGUUCACAUCUUCAAGUUCAGCGCACAGACUACACUGGAGGCAAACCUUAUAAAGGGGUGGAGUGUGGGAAGGGUUUCAUAUGGGGCUCUUACCUUCAAAUGAACCAGACGGCCUCCACAGGAGAGAAGCCCUAUAAAUGUGAAAAAUGUGAAAACACCUUCCGUCGGUUUUCAAGUCUUCAAGCCCAUCAGAGAGUCCACAGUAGAGCAAAACUGAACAAUCAUGGUACGUCACAUAAAGGUUUUAGUCAGAGGUCAUAUCUUCAUCAACAUCAAAGAGUCCCUGCUGGAGAGAAUCCACACAGAUUAGAGGAGUGUAGGAGGAACAUCAGAAAAAGCUCACAUUUUCAGGCUCCUCUAAUAGCCCACCCAUUGGAGAAACCCUAUAAAUGUGAGGAAUGUGGGCUGGGCUACAGUAAGCGCUCCUAUCUCCAUGUCCAUCAGAGAGUUCACACGGAAAAGAAACCUUAUCAAUGUGAAGAGUGUGGGAAGGGCUUCAGUUGGCAUUCACGCCUGCAGGCUCAUCAGCGAAUCCAUACUGGGGAGAAACCUUACAAAUGUGAUGCGUGUGGCAGGGGCUUCAGUUAUAGCUCACACCUGAACAUCCAUUGUAGAAUCCACACAGGUGAGAAACCAUAUAAGUGUGAGGAGUGUGGGAAAGGCUUCAGUGUGGGUUCCCACCUCCAAGCCCAUCAGAUAAGCCACACAGGAGAGAAACCUUACAAAUGUGAGGAGUGUGGGAAGGGCUUCUGCCGGGCCUCGAAUCUUCUGGACCAUCAGAGAGGCCAUAGUGGUGAGAAACCCUAUCAAUGUGAUGCAUGCGGAAAGGGCUUUAGUCGUAGCUCAGAUUUUAACAUUCAUUUUAGAGUCCAUACAGGAGAGAAACCUUACAAAUGUGAGGAGUGUGGGAAAGGUUUCAGUCAGGCCUCGAAUCUUCUGGCCCAUCAGAGAAGCCACACUGGAGAAAAACCAUACAAAUGUGGUACAUGUGGGAAGGGCUUCAGCCGGAGUUCAGAUCUUAACGUUCAUUGUCGAAUCCACACAGGAGAGAAGCCCUAUAAAUGUGAAAAAUGUGGGAAGGCCUUCAGUCAGUUCUCAAGCCUUCAAGUGCAUCAGAGAGUCCACACUGGUGAGAAACCAUAUCAGUGUGCAGAGUGUGGGAAAGGCUUCAGUGUGGGCUCACAGCUGCAGGCCCAUCAGAGGUGCCACACUGGAGAGAAACCCUACCAGUGUGAGGAAUGUGGGAAAGGCUUCUGUCGGGCCUCCAAUUUUCUGGCUCAUCGUGGAGUCCACACAGGAGAGAAACCGUACCGAUGUGAUGUGUGUGGUAAGCGCUUCAGACAGAGAUCAUACCUUCAAGCCCACCAGAGGGUUCACACUGGAGAGAAACCAUAUAAGUGUGAGGAGUGUGGUAAGGUCUUCAGUUGGAGCUCAUACCUCCAGGCCCAUCAGAGAGUCCACACAGGGGAAAAACCAUAUAAAUGUGAAGAGUGUGGGAAAGGCUUCAGUUGGAGCUCCAGUCUUACAAUUCAUCAGCGAGUCCAUGCUGGGGAUGAGGGUGACAAGGACUUUGCCUCAUCAGAGAAUACACACAGCAAAGAAUCUCUAUGA